GGCACCGGCACCGGGAGCGGCACCGGGGCGGGGGAAGGAAGGACCAAAGCCGGGCAUGGCACGGCCUCCGCCGCCCUCCUGAGCGGGGCGAUCGGCGCUGAACCCCCGGCACGGAGCCCCCGGGCUCGGCAUCGCCCGGGUGAUGGAGAACCUCACAACUCCUCCAGCCUGGACCAGGGUCAUCAACAGCUCCUUGGACCCAGGCGGCACAGAUGACAACCCCUACAAGUGCGUGUUUGACGAGGACUUCAAAUACGUCCUGCUGCCCGUCUCCUACGGCAUCGUGUGCGUGGUGGGGCUCUUUCUCAACCUGCUGGCCCUCUACUCCUUCAUCUUCAGGAUCAAGACCUGGAACGCCUCCACCACCUACAUGUUCAACCUGGCCAUAAGCGACACGCUCUACGUGGUGUCCCUGCCCCUGCUGGUGUACUACUACGCCAUGGGGGACAACUGGCCCUUCAGCGUGGGGCUGUGCAAGAUCGUGCGCUUCCUGUUCUACACCAACCUCUACUGCAGCAUCCUCUUCCUGCUCUGCAUCAGCGUCCAUCGCUUCCUGGGCAUCUGCUUCCCGCUGAAGUCGCUGCAGUGGGGCCACGUGCGCCACGCGCGCAGGGUGUCGCUGGUGGUGUGGCUGGUGACCGUGGUGUGCCAGUCCCCCGUGCUCUUCUUCGUCACCACCAGCGUCAAGGGCGACACCAUCACCUGCCACGACACGUCCAGCAAGGACCUCUUCGGCCAGUUUGUCAUUUACAGCUCGGUCAUGCUGGUGCUGCUCUUCUGCAUCCCUUUCCUCAUCAUCAUCGUCUGCUACUGCCUGAUGGCCCGGCGGCUGCUCCAGCCCACCCGGGGCAUUUCCCGCCUCUCCCGCUCCAAAAAGAAGUCGGUGAAGAUGAUCAUCAUCGUCCUGGUGGUCUUCAUUGUUUGUUUUCUUCCUUUCCAUGUCACUCGUACCUUGUACUACUCCUUCCGGAGCUGGGACCUGAGCUGCCAGACCCUCAAUGCCAUCAAUUUGGCCUACAAGGUGACUCGUCCCCUCGCCAGCACCAACAGCUGCUUGGAUCCCAUUUUGUAUUUCUUAGCAGGGCAGCGAUUCAUGAAGUUUGCGGGCAGCAAAGUGCCGUGGAAGCCUCAGAAUGAGGUGGCGCUGGGCAUCGUGCCCAACAGUCACCUGAGAACCAGCAGCGACACGGACACGCUCUCCAAGGAUCUGAAAUCCUAGCUCUGCUCCGCAGCAGAAGGGUUUAUCCUGGGUGUGAAGCGGGGACAGGCUGCUCUGGGGCCCGAGGCUUUGGGUGUUUGGGGUGCCCGGGCCUGCACCCGCUCCAGCGUGGUCUGUGUCGAACGCGCUCCUCUGCUUGUUUUGCUGUAUCUUUUUCAGGAAGAUGCAGCUGUGGUUGCACGCUGAUCUCUGGCUCUGCAUCCCAGCCUGCCCCUCUGAUCAACGCUGAGGUGAC